CUCUGCACCUGGGGGCUGCGGGGUCGCGCUUCGGUUCCAUCCAUGUGCCGCCGCCCCGAAGCGUGGGAUCGGGGUGGUGGCACCGCGGUGGGCGUAAAGGACUCCUCGUGUCCUCCAGGGAGGGGUUCCAGCGCUGGGAGCGGGCGCCCGACGGGGGCACGGAGGGGUGGUCGUGGGGGCGGUCGCGUCCCCGUGUGCCGCACGGCAGCGGCUUCGGAGAGGCGCGGUGACCCCGCGUGCCGCGCCCGGCUCCGCUGCCGCGCCCCGAUGCGGAGCCCCGCGGUGCCCACGGAGGGGUGCGGGGCCGAGGGGGGCCCUCGGGGUGGUGCAGCCGAGGGGUGAGGGCCAACCCCCCUCCAGACGCAGGAAUCCGGCUCGGGUAAACAAAGCCCGGUGGGGGCAGCACCAAGAACACGCCAUGGAGCCCAGUUUGGAGGGCGCCUGAGGCCACCAGGAUGGAGGGGGGGGACACAGAGCCCCCCAACAUGAGCCUGGCCAGCCAACCACACACCUGCUUUGGGGUGGUGAACCUCAGCCUCAGCCUCAAUGUGACGCAGCCCAAAGCCAUCGCCUCGCCGUGGUUCUCCACCGCCUUCGGCCUCAUCGGGCUCUGCUCCAACCUCUUUGCUCUCUAUGUGCUGCUCAGCUCCUCCCGUCAGCUCAGCAGCCGCUCGCGCUCCUCCUUCCUCGUCUUCCUCUGCGGCUUGGUGGUGACAGACUUCAUGGGGCUGCUGGUGACCGCCGCUGUCAUCAUCCCGUACCACUUCACCAAGUUCAACUGGACCCAGGUGGACCCCGGCUGCCACCUCUGCAACUUCCUCGGCUUCUCCAUGGUGUUCUUUGGGCAGUGCCCGCUGCUCCUGGGCGCCACCAUGGCCGGCGAGAGGUUCGUGGGCAUCAACCGGCCCUUCUCACGCUCCACCUCCGUCUCCAAGCGCCGCGCGUGGGCCAUCGUGGCCACGGUGUGGGGCUUCUCCUGCGCCCUGGGGCUGCUGCCGGUGCUGGGCUUGGGGCGCUACACCCUGCAGUACCCCGGCUCCUGGUGCUUCCUCACCCUGCUGCCCGAUGCCGGCAACGUCGUCUUCUGCCUUCUCUUCGCCCUGCUGGGCGUCUGCUCCGUGCUGCUCUCCUUCGUCUUCAACACGGUCAGUGUGGUCACCUUGUGCCGCGUUUACCACGACCGCGAGUCGGUGCAGCGGCGGCGUGACAGCGAAGUGGAGAUGAUGGUGCAGCUGGUGGGCAUCAUGGUCAUCGCCACCAUCUGCUGGAUGCCGCUGCUGAUCUUCAUCAUCCAGACCUCCCUCCAGCAGCUACGGACGGGUGACCCCCUCCACGUGCUGCCGGGACAGACGCAGCAGCUGCUGCUCAUCUACAUCCGUAUGGUCACCUGGAAUCAGAUCCUGGACCCCUGGGUGUACAUCCUGUUCCGCCGCGCGGUGCUGCAGCGCCUGCACCCGGGGCUGCGCACGCGGCCCUCCCUGCUCUCCCUUUACCCCGUCCUCAACCCCUCCCUGCGCCGCAAACUCACCCAGGAGGGGCGGCUGCAGUAGUGGGGACCCCCUCCUCCUCUCCCCCCCACCCCCUUCCUCUAUUGAUUAUGGAGGUUUUGUUCUGUUCUGGUUUUAUUAUUAUUAUUAUUGUUGUUAUUUUUCACCUUGCAGCUGCAGGAGCUGAGCGCAGUGGGAGGGACGGGGUACCCAGCAGGGCAGCCAUGGAGGCGUCCCCUCCUCCCCUCUCCCCAUCCUGCUCUGUGAGCUCCUAAUAAAGCACAGCUUGUGCAGCACUGCGCGCCCCAUGGG